AUGGCGGGCUCUCGGAUGCGUCGCACCGCAGAUAGCGGUGUGGCCCAGGCCGUGGCUUCGGUCAAGCAGCACCAGAAGUUCAAAAAGAUGCUUAUGUUCAGCAUGCGUUCCCUGUCUGACUUCUGCAACCCCCAACUGCAGAUCCACGUGGACAAUGCGUUGGACGCGCUGAAUCGCAACGUUUUACCGAGUCUCGUGACGGCGCUCUCGAACUUCGGCGAUGACGAGGACAUCAUUUUUUCCUGCAGCCAGAUCUUGCAGGCCAUGGCACGGGCCUGCAUGGAGGAAUCUGACAACCCGGAAAUCUCUCAGAAAUUUAUGAAGGAGGGUGGUAUGACGGCUAUUGAGCUCAUCCUCAACCAGUGUCCGCAGGAUGAUAUCGUAUUGGGAUACUGCUACGCCGUCAUUGAGUGCUUCAGCGCCUCGAAAUGCCUCGCCGACGGCGGCGCUGCCCUCACGGGGACCAUUUGCAAGUCGGUGCGCAACAAGGAGUCCAUGCCCGUUUCUGUUGCCACCAGAGCGCUUGUUUGCUUGUCCGCAAUAUGUUCGAGCUCCUCUGGUCCAGCCAAGAUGAAGCAGCAUGACGGUAUGGCCGUCCUGCUGCAGCUGUGUCUGCUGCUGCCAGCCGAGCAACCAAGCAUCACCACCGUGGAGAGGGCUAUGAAGGCUGCUACCGCUGUUGCGGCGGCCAAGAUGAUUGAUCAGGCUAGCCUUGACCCUGUGAUCCAGGUUAUUGAGAAGUUCAAGACGUCGAAGAUUGUUUUGAGUCAUGGUAGCGACAUCGUGAAGUCACUCGUGAGCACCGCAUCCCUCAAACAGAGUCUUCAAGACAUACAGAAAUGCGCAGCUGGAUCCCCCGAGCACAAGGCUGCGGUUGACACCCUGCGCUCGCUGUCAUACAUUUCUUCUGUAGGAGAGCAGCUGGCGAAGGAUGGCGCUUUGGGCCUUAUGGUGGAUUUGAUAAAAAACGCCAUUUCGCAGAUGGAAACACACAAAGAAGUGAUGGUGAAUGUUAUCGCGGUGGCGGCACGUAUCUUGGGGUCUGUGGCGACUAACCGCAGCUACUGUGAGGAGGUGGUAAAGAAGGGCGGUGUGGACAACCUUGUGGCCGCGAUGCAGGUAUGCAUGGAUGACCCGCCCUGCAUCGCGAGCAUCGCCGACGCUCUUGCUCAGCUGCUUCAGGCUGGCCCUGACGCUUUCUUGAAGACGGACGCCGUUGCGGUGGCCCUGCCCAUUCUGUACCAGCUGUCGGACAAAGAAGAUGUCGCCUCGUCCAUGAUGGCGUUCAUCGCGGCAGCCUCGCAGCAAAACGAGCUGCAGCCUGCGUUCCUAUCUAAUAAGGUUGUUGAGAUCAUGUGCACUUGCUGCCAGUACCAUUUCGAAAACCUGCCCCUGCACCUGAACAUCAUCCAGGUGCUGAACCGUUUUUCAAGCCAAGUGAAGGAUUUGUCGCUUGUUUACGAGUAUGGUGGGCUCCAGGGUAUAGCCACGUCUAUGGGAGCGCACUACCGCAGCGACAAGUACUGCCUGGAGGUGUUGGCGUUGCUGCUCACCUUCGCGUGCACUCCGGACGCGCACCAGUACAUGACCGCAGGUGAGGAGUCGAUCAUCGACAUCAUCCUCCAACUGAUGUUGGAGCACCAGGAGAUCGAAGCCAUAACCAGUUCUGCGGUGAAAGUGCUAGAAAUCCUGUCCACCGAGGAGGACGUAAAGCGCACCAUGAAGGGCCUCAGCCUCUCCCUCCAGACUGCCAAGGAUAAUCCCGAUGCCGCGUACUCCAAGAUCGCCGCUGUAACUGGGUUGUCUCGCAUUGCACGUCUGCGACCCAUCAUUCUUUCGUCGGGGAUGCCUAAGGAGAUUAUGAAAUCGGUAAGCGUGUGGGUGGAGGGCUCCAUCUUCGAUGGCCGCUCCAAGCUGACCAAGGCCGCCAUGCAGUCCGCCGUGGUGGCGAGCGAAGAUGCGGCUGAGUGUGUCGCUAUGAUUCAAAUGGUCUGCGACUUGGCUUGCCUGGCGCAUGUGAAACGCGUGAUCGACCUCGAAGGCGCUGACGACAACUUCUUGCUGCACUGCACGGGCGCGCUGCGUCAGAUGUGCUCGGUGGAGCGCACAUACAGCCCCGAAGAAUGCACUUCGAUUGUGGAGAGCAUCAACCGUGUCAUGCGCAAACACGUUGACAUCAAGAACGCCGAGACCCAGUGUGUCGAGGCCCUUCACGACUUUGUGCAAGUUAUGGGUAAGGAUGGCAUUGAUGCCUUGCUUUCGACCGGUGCCAUUGUCGGAGUGGUUGGCUACCUGAUCAAAAUCCCCAUGUACCUUCCGUGCCAGAUUGCCGGUGUCGGCUUCUUGCUAGCAUGCGCCAAGAUGGACUACCGCGCCCUCGAGUGCCUGAAGCAGUGCAACUGCUAUCAGCUAUUGCGUGCCCUUAACCGCACCCACAAGAAGUCCAGGAAGCUGAAGGGCAUGGUCGGUGUCUUAAUGACCAUGAUCAUGCCUCCGGAAGCGUUCGAGGCUGAAUUGACCCAACUGUUGGUCGACAUGACGAAGGGUACGGAAGCCAACGACAUCGUCGCUGUACAUACUGCGCUUACGUCUAUUAAUCAGUUGCUGGUUGCCAAGGAGUGCGUCCGCAUUGCCGCCCGCCUGGGAGUACCAGAGACUGUCACGAAGGCGUGCAUGUGGACGUUGAAGAAUAAGGCGCUCGCCGACAAGGUUCAGAUUGUUGAGCCGGGCGACCUUGCCGGAAAGGACUUGGUCGAUGGUAUAUUGUUCGAGGUGGCGCAGGCCAAUUUCAACAUGGCUCAGAACCGCAACGGUCUCGUCGCCCUGACGAAAUACCAGGCGCAUUUGACGUCGUUGACUGUCUUCCAGAAUAUGGACUCACCCGUCACUACGAUGGUGGAGGACGGUGCUUGCUCCGCGCUUGACGGCAUGACCCUGCUUUUCCUGCACAACCGUGCCAACGUAGAAGAGGCGUUGAAGAACGAUGUUCUUGCCAAGGUGUGCCGCGGUUUCACCCUGUUCCAGGGCUGCCCGAACGUAAUCCGCAGCAUAUGCAGGUGCCUUGCCUCUAUGUGCAUUACGGAGGCCCGUGUGAAGUCGUUGAUAGAGAGCCCCGACUUCGUGAAACUGACACAAAACCUCGUCAACCUGGUUAACAACGACAACAACGAAGUUGCACUAGGUGCUUUGAAGGCUGUUUCUGAGCUGCUCAAGGUCAACAGCGAACUCAUGCUGAACUACUUCGCCACCAAGACCGACAUCAUCCCUGUGCUCUUCCACAAGAUUGAGGUGCACCCUGAAGACUCCAAGAUUGUAGCUCUAUCAGCGACAUGCCUUAACUACUUCGGCAAGAAUGUUGGCAACGGCCGCAAGGACAUCCCUGCGGUGCUGGCCAACAUCACCCGUGCGCUCAAGGAGAACAAGAACGUUGGCACGACCGUUCUGCCUAUACUCAAGUUGCUCCUGAACCUUGCCAACCAGGACACCAAGCAGGCUUUGAAGAGCUCCGGUGUUAUGGAAAUAGUCAGCGACGUUAUGAUGAUCCACAUCGAUGACGAGGAGAUCGCCGCUGCUGGUGGUGAACUGUUCGGUUUCCUCGGAGCUGAGGCCCAGAUCCGCGCUUUGAUGAGAGCAGUCAUUGAUACGGUGAAGUUGCAGCAAGACGAUAUGGCCCAGCAGGUUGAUUCCAUGUGCAUCCGUCUCGCCAUGUACCUGUUGUCUCCGCUUGAGAAUCGCGCGGAUGCCCUUGCUGACACCGAGGAGUUCUUGGGGUCACUCAACACCUGCAUUGCCUACGCCGCGGACAACAAGAACUUGGUAGCAAACGCCACCUUGGUAUCUCGUCGUCUGUGUGACUCAGUUAUUGAGGAUUUCGAAGACCAGUUCGGCGCAUGGGCGGUUGCCAACUCGAGCAACCUGCAGCAGAUCAUUUCCGUGCUGAACUCGGAGUACGGUGCCAGCAAUGUCAAGUUUUUGUGCCACGCCUACCGCGUCUUCACCUGUUGUGCGGUAAACCCCUACGUGACUGACCUUAUGCAGGCAGAGUGUGAGACUGUGCUCCCGCGCAGCAUAGAACUGCUUGACCGUUACCAGGGCAAUGCUGAGGUGUGCCACGCCAUUUUGGAGUUCUUGAACCACCUGGCUAAAUCCCCUGCCACUGAGAAUUCGGCGGAGCAUUCGGGCAGCCAGUUGAUCUACAGCGUUUGCCAGCAGAACAAUGCGGACAUUAUAUCCAUCGCGACCAACCUGAUGAUAAACCACAAGAAUGCGGACAAUGUGGUUAUCCCCGCCAUGCAACUUAUUGGAGAGCUGAUUGGUGGAGGUUCGUACCAGGCCGACAAGGCGGUGGUGGGUGCGGCCAUGUCCGCUGCCGAACGUGUCUGCCUUGGAGAUGUGUCCCACCAGCGCAAGUUGGCCUACAUGGAGAUGGUCGCUAGGGUUAUGGGUGCUCUGGAUACGAAGGAUGCUCACCGGUUGAUGGAGAACGUUGUCCAGAUGUUGAACGCAGGAGUCAUCGAACGUAAUCCUGACACGCUUGCCGCGUACGCUCGCCUGCUGGCCGGCGCGGUCUUGGCUGAUCCCGAAAACAAGGACCACAUGCAGCAGCUGCACAAGAUGGGCGCCAUCAAGAUGUUGGCGGAACUUUUGGAUGACCGCUCGCUGUUCGACAAGGCGACUGUGAUGACGGUGUUGCAAUCCCUUCGGUCAUGCGUUAAUGGUGCUCCCGCCAGUGCCGUCAUGGUGUUGAAGGAGGCUCUGCCCAAGUUGAUUGAGAACGGUUCUGACCUGUUGACGAACGAUCCGGAGUGCAGCACUGCUUUCUGUGACCUGUUGUUGGACGCCGUUCAGAUCGAGGGUGUUGGACGCGUACUAGGCAACAUCGAGCCCGUUAUGAACCAGCUGCACAACCUACAGAUGAAGGCCAAGGAUGUUGGUAACAAGGAAUUGGAGACCCGUGUGUUGCAAAUCCUGAAGGGUAUCGCCGCCGACCAACCCAAGGUCAGGAACUGCAAGAGCAUCUACUUGAUGUUGGAGGAGCGUAGGAGCGAAGGCCAGACCAUUUCUAUAUCCCAGGCGAUGGAGCUUGCCGACGACGCCAACUUCUUGAUGAAGACCAUGGCCACCUACAACAACAAAGUUUUGGUUUACGAGGAGGACGACGGUAAAGACUUCAUCUACGGUUCUAUGGCGUUGGAGCUGCUGUACAGUGUAGAGGAUAACUGCCAGUACCUCAUCGAUAGUGGCGUUCUGGAGACACAGAUGGAUUCGUUGGUUAAACAGACCCACCUCAACAUCAGCAACUCUAUUUCGGCGGCGCUGUGUGCGGGAUGCUUGUACCCAGUGUUCGUUGCCAAGAUUCUUACACGUCCGGAUAGCGUUAGGCAGAUCGGGGACUACCUGAAACGCAUUUACACCUGCAAAGGAAUGAUUGUCCCGCCUACGGCCGAAGGGUCUGACAACAUCGCUGAGGUUGUGCUCAUCAACGCGCUGUUGCUCGUCGAACGCUCGGCUGUAAACCGCCGAAUCUUCUUGAAGUCCGACGUUAUCAACACCGUGGUCGGCAUCUGGGACUCGUACGACCAACAGAAAUAUGAAACGGCCCGUUUGCUGCGCCAGACGUUCCGCACUCUGCGUAAGAUCGUGGCUGAGGGCCACCUCGACAUUAUGUUGAAGUGCAACAUGGUUGCGCGCAUCAAGCAGCUUCUUGCGAAGUCGGACGAUGUCAACUUGAUUCCCGACGCUCUCUUCCUCGUCGGUAGUAUGGCUGUGGUGAAACAGAUCAAGACUCAGAUUUGUGAACUAGGUCUGCUGGACGGCAUCGUGCAGCUGAUGGAGCGCCACGUGGGCAACCCGAAUUCGCCAAACGCCAUCAUCACGAACACAUGUCUUGCUCUGGCCAAUGCGUGCAUUGGCCAUCGUCAGGCCACGGACCGCUUCUUGCAGUUGAAGGGUCCGGAGUUGAACGUCCGCAUUCUAUGCGAAUAUUCCGAGUCUCACGAGAUUACCAACGGUGCCAGUAUCCUGCUGUGUAACAUGCUUUACAAGAACGACAAUCUCAAGGGCAUGUACGGUAAGUUGGGUGCUCCUGAGGCGCUGGUGCGUUGUCUGCGUGCCUACGCCGGUUCCAACCAGGGUUUCGCCAUCCGUUGCAUUGAAUCCCUGUUCAAGGCUAUUUCGAACCUCGCUCUGUACGCCAGCAACGUCGCCCUGUUCCUGAGCGCAGGAAUUGAGGACAGUUUCCGCGCUUGGUUGGCUGACUUGGACCCGUCCUUCUCGGACGUGCAGCUGAAGAUCGGUCUGCAGACGCUUUCCAACCUUGUGAUGGACAACAAAGAGGAGAACAUGCGCAAGUUCUCCGUGGUGUUGCCCCCUGUGUUGAAGGUUUUGGCGCAGGACCGCCAAGACAGCAAAGUUGCGUUGCUGUUGUUCGACAUCUUGGCCUCUCUGUGCCGUCUCCCCGACAACAGCAAGACCUUCUUGGAGAGUGGUGGUGCGGAGUUGUGCAUCCAGACCAUGCGUCGUGUGAGCUAUGACCUGGUGACGCUAACCCUAGGUAUCAACCUAUUGGCUACGCAGGCCAGCACCCCCGCUGGUGUUCAGAAGUUGCUUGAACUCGAUGUCUUCAGCCUGUUGGUUGCCAACCUGACGUUCGAGGAGCACACGCCCGAGAUGAACGAUAUCUUGAUCGCGACUCUUCGUUGCCUGAGGAAGCUGGUUAACAGUCCCGAGAUGGUAUACCUCUUCUGCAGCCAGGAUGGUCUCGCUGCCACCAUGGCAGUUUCCCGCAAGACUCAACAACACCCAGUGAUCCUUAUUGAAUCCCUUCGUUUGAUCCUGGGUAUGCUGCACCUGACGGAAACCAAGGAGGAGGGCGCUGCACCAGCAUGGGAAAACAUAGGCAUGGAGAAAGAUGAUAUCGAUUCCCUGUUGGGCAUCGUCUGCGUCUGUGGUACCAAUGAACAGGCGCAGAAAAUGGCUCGGUUGCAGAAGAUUCUGUUCAGCGUCAUCGGUUACUUCCUGUCUCAGGGUCUGGGUAAUGAGGCGCUUAUUGUCAACAAUUUCUCUGCGAUCGGAUACACGUAUCUUAACAACUUCCCCAGUGCCCUUGACGUGAUCACGCUGAUGACGGUGCUUUUGGAGAACGUGUUCACUGCUCCCGUUGAGGUGCGCAACAACCUGCUCUCCAGGGAGAUUGUGAAGAAGUACCGUGACGUGGUGUCUGCGUUACCCAAGAAGAAGCCUGAAGAGAAGACUUUCUAUACCCGUUGCCAGACCCUCGUGACUGCCCUCGCCUCGAACGAAGAACGCACUUUGGAAUCAACUGGUCAUUUCGACUUCAGCCUGAGUGAGUGGAAUGUGGACCCGUACCCACACGGUAUCCACGACUUGCCUGAGCCCGUGAAGCAGGCGCUACGUGCCGGUGGCCGCGUCAAGGGCUACAUACGCGACAGUACCACUCGCGACCUCAACUACCUGGAAUGGGGUCCCGAGGAGGAGGAAUACCCGUACCGUAUUGCGGUCCGUUGCAUCCGCAACAUUGCGCGUGGCCUUCGUCACCCAACUCUGGAGGCCGCCAACGCCAAGGAGCCGCGCAAGGUUAACAACAACAACUGCUUCUGCAUUCUGGGAUCCGCUACCGAAGACUUCCCCGAUGGGUUCGCUCUCCCAGUUAAGUGCAAGAGCGUGAAGGAGCGCGAUGCCAUCGUAGAGCUCCUCGUCCAAUGGCGUGACGCCGCUACUUACAACUACUAA